UGUCCCUCGCUAGUUUCCGUAGUCAUUGGGAAAACAUGGCUUCGCACACAAGCAAGGCAUUUCUGUCCCUAGGUCGAAUAAAUGUUCCUGGUCUUGGACUUCAGAAAUCAGUGAGCAGGGUCACAUACGCGACAGCUUUGUCAAUAAAUUCCCCUACUGGAAAUAAAGGCUUUCCUGAUAGAGGCGGUAGGGGAUCCUUUGUCAGAAAACCCCGGAGAGAUUCAGGGGAGCCCAGGACAGAAAAGAUGCCGGUGGAUCAGGACUGGACUGCAGUUUAUCCAGCAGCAACCCCCUUCAGACCAGGCUCCGUCCCCCUGCCUGUGAGGAUGGGCUACCCUGUGAAUGGAGGCGUUCCUCCAGAGAAGAAGGGCAACUUGGAGCUAAUCAAGAUCCCAAAUUUCCUGCAUUUGACUCCGGCAGCCAUCAAGAAACACUGUGAAGCUCUGAAACCGUUCUGUACAGAGUGGCCCUCUGCCUUGGACACUGAUGCCAAAUGUGACAAGCACUUCCCCAUCAAAGUAGAAAGCACAGACUACGUGUCUGCCGGCCCGUCCGUCAGAAACCCUUCAGCUCGUAUCGUUCAUCUCAAAGUAAAGCUGUCCAGUUUGAAUCUGGAUGACCAUGCACACAAGAAAAUGCUCAAACUUGUUGGGGGGAGAUACUGCAAAGAUACUGAUAUCCUCACUAUCACAACUGACAGCUGCCCAUUGAGACAGCAGAAUCAUGACUACGCCAUGUACCUGCUAACUGUCCUUUACCAUGAGUCUUGGAAAACAGAGGCCUGGGAGGCUGAGAAGACUGUAGCAGACAUGGAGGAGUAUAGCUGGGAGGACAGCCCGUCCCAAAGGAAUAUCUUGGAUGUGCUAGUACGCAUGAAAGUGGCCGGGGACGGAGAAGGCGAGGAAGUGCGAGAGCAGCUGCUGGGAAGAAGAGAGGUGCAGGAGUAUAAGGACUCUGUCACAAGGUUGAAGAAUGAAGGAGAGAGCGAGAGCACCAUGCUGCAGUACAAAGAGGCCGUCAAGAAAGUACUCAACCUGUAACACAGCUUAAUGUAUAAAUGUAUUUACAUGAAGAUGGUGGCCAAGAGCAGCAGGGACCUGUAAUAGGGUCCACAAAAACAUUUUUAAAUACUUGUGGCCUCAUAUAUAAUAUUGGACUCCAUCUACGUACUGUAGAUAAUUACUGUUCGAAUAUACAUCAGGAUAUUACAACCUCAAGGGUCUCAACCAAUGUAUUUAUUUUCCAAAAUUAAUUUACCCUCAUAUCAGGUGUGUGACGCUGUCUUUAUUACAAAAAUAAAAGUCUAAUGUACGCUGUUA